GUAGCAACGCGGCCCCUCCUCUCAGCCCGGGGAGUGUUUGGAAAGUUCACGGCGUGUUUGUGCGUGUCAGAAAGAGGCGUGGAGGCCGAACCCACUCCGAGGAGCUGCUCAGCCCGCCUGCAGUCUCUGCGCAGCCCGGAGAGUGACAGCAGCCCCUCUGCAGAGGAAGCGUCUGAGUUCAGGAGCCAUGGAAGACGAAGGGUCCCACGCAGAGCCCGGCAGCGUGUCGGUCAGUGUGUCUGGCAGCACCCACACCCUCCCACAGCUGCAGCCCGACAACACGGAGCUGCAGAUCAGCCCGUCCUCCGCCCCCUGCUCCCCGAACCCCACCGGGACCCUGAAGCGGCUCAGCCUGCGGGGGCCCCUGAGCCCCGCCGCGGCCGCCGCGCCCUCCUCGCCCGGCCAGGUGAGCGCCAUCACGGUGGUGGCGCUGCUGGACAAGCUGGUGAACAUGAUGGAGGCGGUGCAGGAGAACCAGCAGAGGAUGGAGCAGCGGCAGUCCGACCUGGAGGGCGCCGUGCGGGUGGUGCAGGGCGACGUGGUGCGCCUCUCCAAGACCCACCUGUCCACCGCAAACAGCGUCAACAAGCUGCUGGAGCGCUCCCGCAAAGUCAACGGCAACGUGAAGGAGGUGAAGGAGCGUCUGGACAGGCAGGCGGUGCAGGUGAGGAAGCUGGAGUCCAACCACAACCACCUGCUGAAGAGGAACAACUUCAAAGUGCUCAUCUUCCAGGAAGACAAUGAGAUCCCUGCCAACGUGGUGGUCUCCCCCAAAACCCCCGUACCGAGCCAGUAUGACGCAGAGUCCACCGUCCAGCCGGCUCCGUCUAUCACAGGAUCUGUGGAAGGCAGCCGCACUCAGGAAGAGAUGCUCCAGAAGAUCAGUCUGUCCUCAGACGACGACCCUGACCUGGCGUGCGCUGCGUCCCAACGAGACGAGGGCGACUCCCUGGAGUACGACGUCUCCCCCAUCAAAUUCGAAAGAAGGUCUGACCGGUUCAAACGCUCCAGUCUGAAGAAGGUCGACAGCUUAAAAAAGGCCUUCACUCAAGCCAAGAUCGGCGAGAAGGUAAACCAGAUCACCUCCAAGAUUGUUCCUCCAGAGAAGCGUGAGAAGAUCAAGAAGAGCUUCACCCCGAGCCACCCCAAGUCCCCAAGCGCCAAGGCCUCCACCUUCAAGAUUUCCCCAAUGACUUUCAACGUCAAGAAGGUCAGAGAUGGGGAUGCUCAGGAAAUGAAAUCCCCAGAGGAAAAAGCCCAUGUGGAAAUCCCUGCGCUGAGCGGUCUGGGCGGUAAGAUUCCCUCAGGCGAGGUUCACAUCCAGGAAGUGGCGAUGAAGGAGGUGGAGGAGACCCUGAGUCCGGCGGAGACCAUCCAGGCGGAGGUGUCCGUCAACGGGAAGUCCUCCAGCGUUGAGGCGGAGAUCAACGGCGAGGGUCUGGCCGGCCUGGCGGUUCCGGAGCACGACGAAGAUGUUGGUGAGGAGGACGAGGGGGAGGAAGAGGAGGAUGAAGAGAAGCAGAAAAGCCCCGUUGAGGUGGCGGCUGAAGUCCAGAUCACCACAGAAACGAUCGCCGUGGAGCAAGUGUCUUAAUGCCAACCGGCUGAAAGCAUCAAGUCCGAUUCUUCUUCUAUUCGUCUUUGAGUUCCUAGGAUUGCAGAAAACCCAAACGUCCCUCCUGGCUGCCGGGUGGCGAUGCACCGUAACUCACAUCACCAACAUCUCCAGGGCGCUGGAGCAACCGGCUUCCUGUUCCUCGCUGAAAAACGGCCUCUUUUGUUCCCUCUGAGUUUUCUGGAAAGUGAAAAAGAAAAACCAAACUUGCUGAGGCAGCGCAUUGCCAGGUUGCGCCGGAGCUGGAAUGAGUCGGGUUUUUUCCUUUUCUUCCUCUUUGUUGGCUUGUUGAGGUUGUUUACUGGAUUUCCAGAUCCGACCCAACCGGUGAAUCUGGUCGUCCACCGUCUGCUACAACCGAGCAAUUAUAAAUCUGUUUUCCUCUUACUUUCUGAUCUCAUAACUGAUUUAGAUCAUCAUGUUGUUGUGAUAGUAUCUAAAUACUAUCACAACAAAAACAACUGUAAAUUAUUCCUAUAUCGCAGGGUGUGGGGAAAUAAAAACUGUUAAAAAAACAUUAAAAAUCUAUAUAAAGGGAGAUAAUUGCUAACGUUUGGAGGCAUUAACCUGGUAUUUACUUUGACUGUACACUAAGGUCACAGCUCUAUUUGUUUUAGGAUUUUAGGGCAGAAAGUAACGAAAUUGUUUCUUUACACGUCUCAUAAACAGAAAAUAACUUCCUUUCACAAAAUUAUAGAAACUUUUAACUAAAUACCUUUUGAUAGUUUCAUAUUACUGGUGGCAAUAUGUCCACAAAAAUAUAGAUACAUUUAACAUUUCUUUAUAUAUAAACUGUAAAAAAAAUAGCAAAACUUAGUAUUAAUGUAAUGCAAAUUAAAACAACUAAAAUUAUACAAAAGCUUGGUGGCUUAAUUAAAGAACAACUAUUUUGAAAAAUACAAAUUUUGCAUGUUUUUAUUCUUCCAUUUGGGUCUAAAACGAUCCAACCGCUUACAGAAAACACCCAGAAAACACUCAGAACACUUAGAAAACACUCAGAACACCCAGAAAACAACCUACUGCCAGCUGUUUUCUGGCAGUAAGUUAAGGUUUUUUGAUGCCUGUAAAAAGAGUCUCUUCAUAAACCUCCCGAUUGUUACCUAGCAACCUAGGCUGAGUGCCAGCAUAUUUGGUCAGCUGAUUUUACCGCUGUAUGGGCUGUACAAUGGCUGCUGGAAGUAACAAGUGUUUGUUGUUGUCUCACCAAACAGAAAUCACUUGCUGAAUUCCUGUUGGUUGUGUGGGAGGCUCCACUUCUGCUUUUCAUAGAUGUACAGUAAAAUCCCAUUACCCAAGAAUGAUUUUGUGCAAAAACAGUAAUGAAAAACAGUAAUGAAUAUGUUUUAGCUCCAUCCUAGGAAUCAUAAUAGGUCACUUUUAUCAAAAUUUUUUUAAACCGCGCAAAUUUUUGACCCUGUUGUUUUUCCGUAUGUUCGCUACUUGCUGCUGUGGAUCACCUAAAAUCUGAACUUUUCUUUGCUGACUGUCGUCAUUUCCACCUUGGCCUUGCACUGCUUUGGUGUGGAUUUAUUUAAUACAGAUUUACAUCUAAAACAGGAUGAUCAUUGCUUCUGCUUGUUAAUUUUCCACGCCUCUUGCGAGUUCAGACCUCCUGCUGUGCUGCCUUCGACUUGCACAAGCUGGUCUGAGUAAUUGCAGACCCGCAGGGACGGAUUCCAGCGGCUGUGCUGAAUAAAACACACCAGGAAUGUGUUAUCAGUUUUACUCUAACCGAUUGCAUCUUGCAGAUCCAAGUUUUCCAAAUGCAUAAAAACCAAAGUUUACAUUGAAAUAAUUUAAAUUUCUGACAGUAAUUUACAGAGUUUGAACGGGUCGAAUGGGAGCAGAUAAAAGCGAAGGAAAACAUUCCCAGGUUUGACUGAUGGCUCCUGCUUGGCACAUUUUUCAUCCUCCUGGCCUCCCAGUCUGAAACUGGUGGAGGUUCAGGGAGAACCACAGGUGUGCUGGAAACUGGGAAAGUUCUCCAGGUGCUGGAAGGGACCGAGACGUCGCCCUGGGUGAUUUCAGCAGGAUUUUAAAAUGUUUUUCUGCGUUGAGGCUCGCGUUGAACCGUGGGAAUAAACCUGUUUUUUUUAUGGGAUUGACGAUCUGUUGCAGCUUGACUUGUAGGCACAUAAAUUCUGGAUGGAAUAAAUCCCCCAAAAAGCAAUAAAUUAAAAAAUUUAAAUAUUAAUAUAUCAUCUCCAUGUUAACUGUGCAAAACAUGCAUUUACUAACUUGUUAUUCCUUAUGGAAGAUUAACGCUCAUUUUAUUGUUUUGGCACAAUCAAUAAAUAUAUAUAUUUGUAUAAUAUGAAUAAAUAAAUGCCUCAUUUGUGUGAAAUUAUGGGGAAAUUUUAAAAGAUGGGAAAUUAUGUUGUUGAUUCACAUUGUUUUAGAGAUAUUCGCAUAUCUGAGUGAAAAAACGAAUCUUUAGUGAAUUGCAGAAGUAUUCAUGCUUGUUUACACCGGAUAAAAAUGAAACAGUUUUAUAUUACAUAUUCUAAUAUAUACUAACUGCUUUUAUUGUUGGAUAUUUUGCCCAGUUGCUUAUUAUUUUUUAAAUAGAUCAGUUUUUACUGAAACUGUUGUCCUUCAAAGCUCAUGCUGAUCAAUACUUUUUGCUCUUUUAUUCAUGAUGGGAUUAAAAAUAUCUGGGAAAUGAGAAACUUCAGAAACAAGCUUUGGGAUGUGUUAAAGGACAAAACGCUAAAUAAUUUGAUGCAUUUUCUUCUAAACGCCUCACUGUGUGUCUUUUUAAAACUUCAUGUGUUUCUUCAGAAAUUCUCCAGAUAUUUUGGGGUUUUUGCAAAUAUUCUGUUCGCUUGCAUAAAUAAAGCUUUUGUUUUGAAAUGA